UACCAUUUCGUCAUCGACUGUGAUAUUGUGCGUGAGAGAAUCCAUGUAGCCAACGUUACGCGAUGAAAUGUUAAUUAUAGUUACGGCAAAAUGGAGCCGUCCCUAGCCAUAGUGUACGAUCAUAGAAAACUCCCAAAAAUGUCAAGUGUAUAAAAGUUGUUGGAUUUUAUCAAAACUUUCUGUCUUUUUGUACGAACGUCCAAUGUUGGGCAUAUUCAUUUGUACGUUAGUUCAGAAAUUUAGUGCUACUGGUGUAAACAAUACUCACUUUCAAAUACAACGAAUUCUGUGUCAAUAAAAAUGGCAGCAAUCAUUCAGAUUGUUCGCUUUCAGUAAAAGUUUACAUUUAUAACGCUAAGUCACAUUUCAGAGAUGUGGCAAGCGUUAGAUUCAGUUAAUUCCACCGUUAAUUCUGGGUCUCAACAAGUUGAUCAAUUUGGUACAACAGAGCUUACACCAGAACAGCAGAAAAUUCUUAUUGACAUUCGUCGGAAGAAGACUGAACUUUUACUAGAAAUUCAGCAAUUAAAGGAUGAGCUCGGAGAAGUUGUGGCAGAAAUGGAAGCAAUGGAAGGAGGAGGGUUCUCGAUGGAGGAAUCUAAUAAACCAUCGAACAAAGCAAAGCAAAUGUCGAUUGGGCGUAAAAAAUUUAACAUGGAUCCAAAAAAAGGCAUUGAGUACCUGAUCGAGCAUAAUUUAUUAUCGCCUACACCAGAAGAUGUUUCUCAGUUUCUAUAUAAAGGCGAAGGUCUUAAUAAAACUGCUAUUGGCGAUUAUCUAGGCGAGAGACACGAUUUUAAUGAACGCGUAUUACGAGCAUUUGUUGAACUCCAUGACUUUACAGAUUUAAUUCUUGUUCAAGCUCUUCGUCAGUUUCUUUGGUCAUUUCGAUUGCCAGGGGAAGCUCAAAAAAUUGAUAGAAUGAUGGAAUGUUUUGCACAGAGAUAUUGUCAACUUAAUCCUAAUAUUUUUACAAAUACUGAUACAUGUUAUGUUUUGAGUUUUGCCAUAAUUAUGUUAAAUACUUCAUUACAUAACCCAAGUGUUAAAGAUAAGCCGAGUAUUGAACAAUUUAUUACUAUGAACCGAGGUAUAAACAAUGGGGGAGACUUACCUCGGGAAUUACUUGUUAGUCUUUAUGAGAGUAUAAAAACAGAGCCUUUUAAAAUACCUGAAGACGAUGGGAAUGAUUUAAUGCAUACAUUUUUCAAUCCUGAUAAAGAAGGUUGGCUUUGGAAACAAGGCGGCCGCUAUAAAAGUUGGAAAAGAAGGUGGUUUAUUUUAAAUGAUAAUUGCUUGUAUUAUUUUGAAUAUACUACGGAUAAAGAACCACGAGGAAUAAUUCCUUUAGAAAAUAUUCAAGUUAGAGAAGUUCAAGAUAGACAUAAACCACAUUGCUUCGAAUUGUAUGCAGCAGGUUCUGAAUUCAUUAAAGCUUGCAAAACAGAUAGUGAAGGAAAAGUUGUGGAAGGAAAACAUACUGUAUAUAGAAUGUCUGCUGCAACAGAUGAAGAAAAAGAUGAAUGGAUAAAAUGUCUUAAACAAAGUAUAUCACAUAAUCCGUUUUACGAUAUGCUGGCUGCACGAAAAAAAAAGGCUCAAAAAACCAAUCUUCAUACGAAGAAUUAGAAAAAUAUAUAGAAUUAUAGGAAUAAUUGUUAUUAACGUAAAAAAAUCAAAGUACAAUCCUCUUAGUCAUGCGAUUUCGUCUAAAAAUGUCGAAUGAAAUGGCAUUAAGAUAAGAAUGAGAGGUUAUUAUUGUCAUUAGUCAUUUCAUUAUUUUAAUUCUUUUAUUUUUAGUUAAAAAUUGUAAAAUGAAUGGCAUUCAAAUAGUAAAUUUCAUGCCUAGGAAGGAAAAGUAGACCAACUCAAACCAUGAAUAAGACUGCGACCUGAGCCGAAAGCGAGGGUAGUAAAAACGUGAUUAGAGAUGAUCUAAUUAUUCUAUCUAGGGUUGAAUGUUUUUUCACCAUAUAUGUGCUGAAAGUUUCACAAAUCUUAUAUAUAACAGUAAACUUUUGGCGGGGAUAUGGUUACAAUAAUUUAACACUUCUUCCUAUGUAAACAUUGAAAUUAAAACGCAUGUUUUGUAAGUUGAUACGUUGCUUUAUGUGUAUAAAAGAUAUUUAUUUUA